AUGCCGCUAGGCGGCUCUGUCACAUACGGCUCCGAAUCUACUGACGGCAAUGGCUAUAGAAAGAUUCUACGAGAUAUUCUUCUAUCGGAUGGCCACAUUGUAGACAUGGUCGGGUCUCGCAAAGCCGGUUCAAUGGUGAACAACGACAAUGAAGGUUGGCGGGGAUUCAGAAUCGACCAAAUUGCCAACAAAGCCAAAAGAUCAGUUCCUAGAUUUCUGCCAAACCUUUUCACCGUCAAUGCUGGUUCGAAUGAUUGCGUUCAGGACUUUGAAAUCGAGACUGCUGGCAAGCGAAUGAGUGACUUGCUUGAAUAUCUCUGGGCGGCGUCUUCUCGCUCAACGGUCGUCCUUUCUACUCUUCUUCCAAACUUGGAUGGAAACAUUGAAUCACGAGUGCUAUGUAUAAACAAGCAAUUCGCGGAAUUAGCGAAAGCGAAAGCGGCUGAAGGAAGAAAGAUCAUCAUCGUCGAUAUGCAUAGCGCCCAUGGGCCUCAUAUUAGUGAUCUAACAGAUGGCACACACCCCAAUGAUGAGGGCUAUGCGAAGAUGGCAAUGAUUUGGCACAGAGGUAUUUAUGAAGCUAUAGAUAGAGGUUUCAUCUAG